AUGGAAUCAAAGAAUCGAUUGGGCUAUUGCGAGGUGUGCAGUAGUGAUGCUGCUAAAUACUGCUGCCCAAGGUGUGAAGUGAAAACUUGUAGUUUGUCAUGUGUUAAUAUUCACAAGAAAGAAUUGGAUUGUGAUGGCAAGAAAUACAAAACAGGGUUUAAGAGAUUGGAAAAAUUUAAUGACUCUGAAAUGAGUCAAGAUUAUAGACUCAUGAAUGAGUUUAUUGAAGCUGUUGGAGAGUUUAAAAUGAAAACCCAGCGCAUAUCCAAUUUAUCUGCAGCUUUUCGAAGAUUACGUUAUCAAGCAUACCAACGAAACAUACGUCUACAGAUUUUACCUAAAUCUACUUUGAACAAAAACAAUACCUCUUUUUUUAAUUCUAAAGUAAAUAAAAUCUUUUGGCGUAUAGAUUGGACAUUUCAUGGCACAGAUGUGAAAUACACAAACCAUAAAGUCCCAGAGUAUCAAAAACUAAAUAGUAUUGUUAGAAACUAUUUCACUACAGAGUUUCAUGAUGAUGAAGUAAAAGAAAAAAUGAAGUUUUAUGUUUCAGCUGGAAUUAAAGGUGUAAUAUUUCUAAUGAAAACACCAUAUGGAAAAUAUUAUGAACUUGAUUCUGAUGAUACAAUAUCGUACAGCUUAAGAUAUAAAACAAUAUUGGAAUACCCAGAAAUAUUAGUUGUUUUGUCUAUUCACAAAGAUGCAUUUAGUGAUCUCCUUUAUGUUGAGAACUCAACAUUUAAUAACAAUAAAUCAACAAUGAUGUAA